AUGAAUAACUGGAUAACUUCCCAAUCUACUGUUACAAAUGAAACUGCAUUUAUGAAUGAAUGUAUAAACAGACGCGACAAGCUUGAAAAGUAUUUCUUACAAUAUGAAAAUAUUCAAGGUCAAAUUGAAAUGCUUAUUGAAAACUCUCAGGAUGAAUUAUCAGAUAACGAAGACAUAGACUUAGUUGAGAAAAAAUACUUCACAACUAAUUCUGAACUAUCUAGAAUGAUUGAUGAAUUGACAUCGAACGAUAAUUCAAACUCUCAGAGUCAAACUAAUAAUAAUUGUAAUAUCGACGUCAAGUUACCUGAUAUUUUCUUGCCUAAAUUUAAGGGUCAGACGUCAGAGUGGCCUUCAUUCAUUCAACUCUUUGAAAAUCUGAUUAUUUCUAACAAUAGCUUAACAAAUAUCAAAAAAUUGCUAUAUUUAAAAGCUUCCCUUUCUAACGAGCCCUUGCAAUUGAUAGACGAUAUAGAACUUUGUGAUGACAAUUUUCAAAUAGCUAUAGAUACUUUAAAACAAAGGUAUGAUGAUCAAAGUGUUCUACUGUAUAACUUAAUUGAUCAAAUAUACCAACAAAAACCUGUGAGCAAAACUUGCCCUACGCUUUUACAUAAAAAACUAGAUCUACCAACUCGUAAAUUAUUUGAGCAAAGUAAAAAACAAGGUAAAAUCCCGUCCCUUGAGAAUUUUUUCGAUUUUUUGAAACAACGUAGUGGUAUUCUAGAGCGCACUCAAAAUAUUCAAGCUUCUACUUCUAAUUCAAAUGAUACUAAACAAAAGUUUAGUCCCAAAUAUUCGAAAACAACUGCUCACGUGAAUUCUAUGAUUCCUACAAACAGUCAAUCAGAUUGUUAUUAUUGUAAAAAUGCUUCACAUCGUAUCUAUACGUGUGAAUCAUUUAAAAAUUUGUCUAUCAGUGAUAAAUAUAAAUUCAUACAUUCGAAUAAUCUCUGUAAAAACUGUCUAGGAGGUCGCCACAUCACAAGGGAUUGUAAAUCUCUAAAAUCUUGUUCAAUAUGUCAAAAAAGACAUCAUACUUAUCUCCAUUCUGACUCUUUCCGUGCAAAUGAUAAUGCACAUAAUAAUAAUAAUGGUUCUAUUUCCCAAAACCGUUAUAACAACUCACAAUCUAUUCACUCCAAUGUACAUACGACAAAUGGUCAGCAUCAUCACACCAAAUCGAUGAAUAAUCGAAAUAAUAACUUUAAUCGUCAAAUUGACGAAAAUUCACAUUCUCACCAGGCUACUGAUAAUCGACAAAAUCCUUCUAGACCACAGAAGAAUUAUGAUAAUGCUGAAACCAACGAAAACUCACAAGAUAAUAAUUCUAACGUAUCUGCUAUACAAACACAAUCCUUAUCUGCUCUAUCCACUGAAUGCCACGUGCUUCUAGCUACGGCUAAAAUAAUUAUGUAUGACUCUCACAAUAACCCAUUUAAAACUACUAUUCUGCUAGACAACGGUUCCCAAAACUCAUUUGUUUCACAAGAACUAGUAAAUAAACUACAAUUGAAAACGUUUGAAAAAAACACUGCAAAUUUCCGGCAUAUCACAAACAGUAUCAACCACAAAUAA